AUGACCCAAACCCAUAUCCAUUUUCCCAAAUUCCCCCAAAACCCAGCACUACAGAGCCCGCUGCGCAGGGAAGAAUCGGUGAAAAGCGUCGUGGUAGAAGUCGUUCUGGACGAUCUUUUCGUUGGAGAGCUUCCGAAGAAGCUUCGCCAUCCAGAGGUGGUUGGCGUUUUGUUUUCCGGCGCAUUCAUCGACGAGAUCGCAGGCGUACUCGAGGAUGAACUCGCGGUCGUCGCGGGAGACCAGGCCGAACGACAUGCGCGGGUGCCCAUCGAUGUCGGCGUACCGCCGCUCGUGGAGGUUCGGCUCCUCGAACGGGUAGUCUCCCCGGGGGCGGAAGAUGACCUCCUGGUAGACGCCGACACCGGGCCUGUGCUUGUGCGUGCCCAGGUGCCAGCGCAGGCAGUACUCCCCCUUGCCGGGGAUGUACUCCUGGAGGAGGACCUCUACGGCGUGGGACGAAUCCCUGUACCCGUUCAUCAACUGCAACGAGCGAGAUCUUUUCUGACCGUGCAUGUUUGUUGA